GGCGAGCGGGAUUUGUAGCUGGCUCCCUUGGCCGGGAGGUAACCUCCUUGAAGUCGAGUCCCUGUCCCCAGCGUAGUGAGCCCAACACUCUUCACCCCCCCCUCCCUCCUCUUCCUCUCUCCCUCACUCUGUACUCCAACCUGCGACCCACUCGGACUGAAAGAGUGAUGCUGUCCAGAGGAAAUCGACCCCUCACUCUACCAGCAGGGAAUUGAGUUGUAGCAGGGGUUGGCAGAAUUUCUUGCAUUCCCCCCUACACUCUCUCCCUCUUCCCCCCUCCCCCCCUUUCUUUUUCCUUCCCACGACCCUUCUCUGAGCCAGUACCCAGCUCCGAGGGCUUUUUUUGUAUGUCUGCCGACUCCAGCCCGCUCACUGUAAUGCAGAGGCCACUGGGGACCAGUACCGCUUUCAGCAUAGACUCACUGAUAGGCAGCAACCCUGCUCCCAGCGCCGGGCACUUCGUCUACACCGGCUACCCCAUGUUCAUGCCUUACCGCCCGGUGGUGCUCCCACCGCCGCCCGCUGCUCUCGCCCAGCCGUCCCUGCAGCACAGUCUGCACGCCGUGCCCCACGGCCAGUCCACUCACCCUCACCCUCACUCCCACCCCGUCAGCAACCUCGCCGGCUCACUGGCCAACGGCUUCUGCACCAGCCUGGGCCAGGGCAUGGCCGUCACUACACUGAUGGCCACUCUGCCGGGCACCGGGGAAGGCAGCCGCAGUUUCCCCUCCGGUCAGCAGCACCAGGAGCCGGCCGCUCGGAAAUUCCUGCAAGCCGCCCUGGGCAGCCCGGACAAGGUGGAAGGCGGCCGGCAGCAGGACGGGGAGGAAGCCAAAGCAUUCCUGUGCAAAGACAGCUCGGCUGUCUCCUUCCCUGUGGCCGAGACGGUGCACGCAGUGAUCGGUGCUGUCACCUCCGGCAGGGCGCCAGGGAAGGACGAUUUGAAAGCAGCGGAUGACGACUGCCGGAGUAAGGAGGAGAGCUUCUCGAUGGACAGUGAUCUCGACUACAGCUCGGACGAGAACGGCGCGGCGCCGGCGCUGCACAAGAGCGAGGACGCGUGCCCGGGUCUGGGAGAGGAGAGCACGCAGGGCCACACCGCGGGCCCGACCAACCCCGCGGCCAACACCGGCGGCAGCAGCAAGAACAGAAGGAGACGGACGGCUUUCACCAGCGAGCAACUCCUGGAGCUGGAGAAAGAGUUCCACUGCAAGAAGUACCUGUCCCUCACCGAGAGGUCCCAGAUCGCCCACUCCCUCAAACUCAGCGAGGUGCAGGUGAAAAUCUGGUUCCAGAACAGGCGGGCAAAGUGGAAACGGGUGAAAGCCGGCAAUGCCAACUCCAAAUCCGGGGAACCCUCCAGGAAUCCCAAGAUUGUCGUCCCCAUACCCGUGCACGUCAGUAGGUUUGCCAUCAGAAGUCAGCACCAACAGUUGGAACAACCCAGACCUUAAAACAAAAGGGGGAAAGAGAGAGAAAAAAACUAACUUUCAAACACUUUACAAGACUUCUUUUGAAAAAAAAAUACGCACCACACGCACAUACAAAGGACAAAACGAUUUCUUUUUUUCUCUGAGAAUCGAAAACUUGCCAAUGGACAGACUCCCCUAUUUAUUAUAAAUGAUUAAGUAUACUCUGUUUGUAUAUAAGUACUGAGAGAGAGAAAAAUACAUCAGCUAUAUACAGUAUUUUGACUGUUUUUUUUGUGGACCAAAACUUGUACAGUGAGAAUUGCACAACAUUUUGGAGAGAAGGGACCUCCAUAACAGCACCAUUUAGCUCAACUCAAAACAUUGCUCUCUCAUUGUUCCAUCAAAUGCCAAAAGGUAAAUUUCCGUAAAAUAUUGCUAUUUAAUACUUGUUUUUUUUAAAGGAAGCAAAAAUCUGUAACCGCAGACCUUUCCAUUCUGAUAGAUCUUUGUGUGGGUUUUUUUUUACAAUUCUAUAUAAUACUUUUUCUGUUCGUUCCUGACAGCAUUUGCUUUUCAAAUAGCGGUUCCAGUUUUAAACGAGAAACGUGUGUGUAUAUGUAUAUAUGUAUAAGACGGAUGGUGUUAAUUUAUUUUACAUUUUGUCUUUUGGGGGAAAAAUGUAGCACAUUUCUUAUAAAUGAUGAAAAUACUCCAAAAAAAAAUCACGUAAAAUAUAACAGUUGUGUAAUAAAUUCGAGCGGC